AUGGAGGCGGCACUGGAUAGCGGUGCAAAGGCAAAGCACAUCAUCCUCGUCCACGGCGUGUGCCACGGAGGCUGGAGCUGGUACAAGGUGGCGGCGGGGCUACGGUCUGCGGCUGGGCACGGCUGCCGCGUCCACGCGCCGGACCUAGCCGCGUCGGGCACCGAUGACCGCCGGCUGCCGGAGGUGGCAACGUUCAGCGAGUACACGGGGCCGCUGCUCGAUGUACUCCGGUCGCUCCCGGCUGGGGAGAAGGCGGUGCUCGUUGGCCACAGCCUCGGAGGCCUUAGCGUCGCCCUCGCCUCCGAGAUGUUCCCGGACAAGGUCGCAGUCGCCGCGUUCCUCUCCGCUUACAUGCCGGACUGCGCGUCCCCGCCGUCGCAUGUCCUCAUACAGGUAUGA